AUGACAUCCCUACAAAGUCUACAGGCGGACAUUAUGAGCGAGAUAUUCGAAUGGCUUGCUGUCAUCUCUCCGGCGCAGCAGGGUAAUCACAGAGCAACGGCUGAUAUGGGGUGGAUUCUGGCCACGCACGUCUGUCGACACUGGCGCCACGUGGCGCUCAAUCUAGGGAAGCUGUGGGCGGGCGUGGUAUGCAGUCUUCCCAACGUCUCCUCGAUGGAGGAAAUCCGGAAGCGUGCAAGGUCUUGCCCCCUACGCGUCUCUAUUGUGGACAGCCCCACGGAGCUCAUCCGGAUUGAGUUUGCUCUGAGGAAUGUUACACAGAUUGAAAGCAUUUUCUGCGAGAUGAUUUUCCCCUGGUGCGAGGAACUAGCGGACCAAGGCUCUCUGCCGUUACUUCGCGAAUUGAGGAUCGAUCAGGAGCUAAACGGUCCACUCACGAAUCUGCGCUAUCUUCGCCUUGACGCUCCCGGCAUGCAAAGGAUGACCCUAAUAGACGUGCUCCUCCCCCCCUGCCACUCUUCAUUGUAUUCGAAUCUCCGGGACUUGUCCAUCUCAGGGCCAAGCGCGUUGCCGUCACCUUCAUGUGAGAUAUUGGGCGCCCUGUCGCACAUGAAGGUUCUCGAGCACCUGCAGAUGGAACUGUUCAAGACAGGGCCGAAACGACUAGCGCAAUGGGAAGGAUACAAAGGCGACCCGGUCCAUCUCGUGAAGUUGCGCACCGUGAAGCUUUUCGGCUGGAAGGGGUCGGAUGUACUGGGCCUCUUGUCAAAGUUGGGCGCCCCGGCUCAUGCCCAGGUGGAGCUGAUUGUGGCAGCCGAUGAGGAGGAUUCACGUAUCCUGGCCACUCUUUACGACCGGAUGGUCGACCCAGUGCACGACACAUGCGUCGUUGACUCCAGCACCAAAGGCGACGCUGUCUCAUUCGUUUCGUCAGACGUCACUCCAUUUGGACAUUGUAGCAAGGUUAGGGUAGAGGUGCGCGGGAGGGGCAUUGGCGGCGUCCUGUUGCUCCUUGCGGCACAGUGUCCCCGGUUGAAGCACAUCACUCGCUGGGUCGUGGAACCGAACAAGUCGAUUAUCCCGUUCUUCGCGCGCAAUCUCCUCAAGAUUUGCCCCUCCGUUUGCGAGUUGGUGAUAAAUGCAAGCGAGCCGGAAGAUUUUGAAUUUCUGUUCAAAAGACUACCCGGGCAUGGUUCAAAAUAUACUCUCACCUUCCCCGGCCUACGUGUCUUGGCGGUCCGUCGUAUCCCACCAUCUGCAUUGCGGCUCGAGGACGAGAUAGGUUACGUGUAUUGGUGGUCCCAAUUUCAAGCGGCAAUCCAGCGUUAUGCUGCGCUUGGUGGGAGACUCAGACAGCUGCGACUGGUGGGCGAAUGGAGCUGGGACAUGCCGAACAUACGGGUAAUGGACGGUCGGGCGUUCAACUACUUGUGGAACUCCCGCCUGGUAGGUGAUAUCGUCGAGGAGCGACGUUGGAAGACUGUACCUUAUUCUUAA